ACGAACACACGUGGAGUGAAUGGAUAAUCCAAAACAAAGCGAAAAAUUUGGAGUUUUUCAGUUAAAUUUGCAAUUGAAGUGCAUGCUUGGAAUGAGCAAAGAUGAAUACAGAAAAGGAGCUCCGUAAGUGGUUGAAUCGUCCCGACUUCAGUUUUGUUGACAAUCUAAGUUUCGGCAUCAAAGUGUGGAAUUCCAUUGAGUUUGUUCUGUUGACAAAACAAGAGAUAGUUGUCGAUGAAUUUUGUAAUAAUUUAACGAAAUUGCGUGACGAAAUCAAUCGUUCAUCGGAUCCAAAGUGCGGUGACGUGGCAUGGGAGAAAAUCAACGAAUUUUUAAAUUUUCGAUAUUCGUCUGGAGCUGUUAGUGUCGCUGUUAAAGAUAAAUUGGUUAAAACUCUGUCGCAAGAGGCUGAAAUAAGUAUCAAUGAAUCGAAUGCGUCGCAUUUGAUUUUGAAUGCUUUGCUAGUCACCUUGCAAAAUACGUCCAUUCAAAAUUAUUACAAGAGUAAUGCGGUGGAAUUUGCUCGAUUUUUGGGAUUAAACAUUCGAUAUGUGACGGUGUUGUUAGACUCAGAAGAAGCAAUUGAACAAAUUAAGACGUACAAAGAGCACAUUGAUCAGUUGUUCACUGCCCUGAAGGCGUUCAUCAAACAAACUCCGUUCCUGGAUGAAUUCAAAUCGGCGUUUGCCACUGAAAUUCUGACUGCACUGUGUGAACUGGUCAUUUUAUCACAACGCCGGCAAAUCGUUGCCAAACAAGAGCUGUUGAGCAUAUUGCAAGAAUUAUAUUUCGAUGGAAAUCAAACGAAUGAAUUGAAAAAGUAUUUGAAUGGAGCAAAAACGAAAUUUCCAACAUUUCAUGAGAUAUUCGCAAAGCCAAUGCAUGUCUUUCUCACAGUUGUCGAGGCAUUAGUGUGGUCGUUUAGAAAUGAUGAAGAUGUACGAAAAGCAUUUUUACGUUAUUUAUUCAACGAAACCGAUGGACGCUUUCGAAUCCAAUCCGGCGAAUCAAUUCAAACCCAAUUGCAUGGCGUAACAGUGUGCAUGUUUCUCCUGAAAAAGUACGAUGUGCCAAUGCAUUUCCAAAUCGAUUCGAAUCGGGCAGCCACAUAUCUGGGCCACCAAAUCGAAUUCUUUUUUAAUUCGUAUCACACAAAUCAUACAUAUGAGGUGCUGAAUUUACUGUGUGCCACAUUAAAGUUGGAUCCAUUGAUUUUGGAGUAUUCCGUAUGUCAGAUCGCGGUAAAAUUCAUGCUACUCCCCAAGAAAGACGAAUCAAUUUGGAAUAAAUACGAAGAAUUUAUGUUUUUGAUGAUUGAAAUGUAUCGGAAAAUGAGCAGGUCCGAAAAGUUUAUAUCACAAUUGAUAAAAAAUCUGUACGAAACAGUGUCCAAGGUGAAACUUUCAAAAAAAUUAAAACGUUCAUUUAAUAGCAGUUUUGUGGAAGGAUCAACACCAUCGAAAAAACUCAAAAAUUCUGUGGACGAUGACAUUUCAAUGGAUGGCAGCGUAAUUGAACGCAGUGUAUCCGAAAAUCGUUAUGUCACCAUGUUCGAGGAGAAUAUUUUGACCGAAUGUGAGAAUUUGGUGACGAAAUCCGUGUGGAAGCAAAAUAUUCAGAAUAGCCAAAUUUGGAGCGACAUUGCAUUUGCAUUUACACCAGCUAUCAGUAGCACCUAUACUCGUUUCAUCUCGAAUUUGGUGUCGCGACCAUCGUUGGUCGUAUGGAAGACACUAAACUUCACCUUGAAGGAUUAUGUGCAACAAUUGAAAGAUGCCGAUGGAAAAUGCAGUGAAAAUUGUAUAUUUUUAAUUGAAAUCACAUGUGCAUUGCUCAGUCAAUACUUUAUGGGAUCAAGAUUGGCCGAACAGUCGGAUAAAUCAUGGAAUGAAAUUGAGGCAAAUCGAAAUGCAACUCGUGACAUUCUCACCGAAUUCGGUCACGCAAUUCUCAAUCAAGAGCACAACUAUCGCACGAUGAAUGCAUUCUUGAAACUAUGCUAUAGCGCUUCAAACUUUGAUUUGCUUGUCUGGUACUAUCGUCCGGAUUCAAUGGGAGUCGAUGGCGAGGAGAGUAAAAAGUUUGAUGUUGAAAAUUCGGCGAAGAAGCUACUUUCGUAUCUAAAUGAAAAAGAAUGGAUAACAAUUCAGCAACGAAUCACCAACUUUGGCAAACGCGAAUGCAAGGCCAACAUAAACAAAAUCUAUUUGCAACGAUUGAAAACUAGUCAAUUGUUUGAAUUGGAAAAAGCUGACGAAGUGGAUAUUUCCAAGUAUGUACUGUCAACCGCUUUUAAGGACAUUGAACAAAUUGCGGAUAUUUUAAAUGAUUCAAGCCUUUGUUCAUGGUUCAUUGGUAAUUUGAAUGCCAAACAAAAGCAAAUCGUAUGCGAACUGUUGCUGCAGUCAACAAGUGAAUUUAAUACCUUGAAUCGGUUGUGCUGCAUAAAUGAUUGGCAAUUUAUUGAAAGUUUAACCGUGGCCACGUACAAACAACUCAUCGAAAUAUUGGCGGUUGGCAAACAUUCGGAAUAUUUAUCGGAGAUAAAUUUUGAUGCGAUUUUUGAACGGAAAUUUAAAAAAGCAUCGAAGGAACUUGGCGUCAUAAUUGAAAAGCAAUGCAACGAACCGAAGUAUGCAGAUAAAAAACAUAUUCAAAAACAACGUGAGCAUAUCAUGGAUUUGGUGGGGCUUUUGAAUAAUUUACCAGUCGGAUUUGGUAAGGCGGAUGCUAAGAGCAUUAUUUCAGCAUUACAUGUCAUCGUAUAUCGAUAUUUGUCCGUCGGCGGUGAUGAGGAGUUGUCGAACAUUGCUGUGAAUAUAUUUAAAGCCAUUCUUCACUUUGGUGAAUCGCCGAAUGUGUUUGCCAAUCUAAAAAUCAAGACGUUAAUCACGAUUUUCAAGGACGAAAAUAGCGUUCAAUCAAUAUUUGCUUUGAUAUUUGAGCGAACAUGUCGCGAUAUAAACAUUGAAAAUGCCAAAGUCCUUGAUGAAUUGUAUGAACUUCUACAGCAAUUCGAAACAAAUGACCAGAGUCAGCAGAAAAUUUUGCUACAAAUAGCCGUAUUGGUAGUGGGUGAUUUAUCAAAAGACAAGAAAAAUCGAGUACACUGUGACCGAUUUCGUGACAUUGUGUUUGGAAUCAUAAAAACUGUGUCCAAAGACAAGAAGAACGGUGGAUGGUUGAUUGGGGCCACUUUGCCCGCCUUUGUGAUUAUUGUGAAGGCCUAUAUUGCUGCGAAUAAAGCGAAGGAAGAAAAGGACAGCGAUGAACAAACGAUACAACUCAUCAAAUUAUUCCUUAAAAAUUCAGUCGAUUGUAUGAAUCAGCAUUCGGUGCGGCUUUUGAAUACAGCCCUAGAGAAUAAAGCCUACCUUGGGCUUACCGAUGAGGAGAUAAAAGAAUUGGUUGCAAAAUACUGGCUAGAUUUCAAGAUGGCCUGCGGUAAUUCACACGAUGUCGCUACAAAUAAAACAUUGAAUAGUGCUCUCAAAAUCAUUUGUGAUCACAAAAGCAUCGAUGAAUGGAUUAAAUUACUGACCGAAGUGGAAAAGGAAAUUGAGUCAUCGAUUUUUUCCGACCAGUCAAAGCAACAGAGUAAAAUAUUGGCGUCAAUGGCAAAUUGCCAAUACAAUAAGAACAAAGGUCAAAUUUUCACUGGCUUUUUCAAAACCGUCACACGGCAAAUCAAUUUAACAAUUCGUGCAAGAACUACGGACUUGACACAGAAUUUCGAUUGGAUACUGAAUUUACUCGAAUGUUACACCAUUUUAACCAAUAAUGUGCAGACGCCCGUUUCUGUUGAGUUGAUUGAUGAUGUGCUGGCAUUUUUGGCCGAGAUUAAUAUCAAGAAAAUUGAUGCGGAGAAAUUCGAUUCGGAUCAAUUUAAAAGUCUAUUGGAACAGAUGUGUGCAUUAGUUUUGGGAUUGAUUCAACAUCGUUCUGUGUUUAUAAUGGAUCGUGUGCCGCAUUUUUCAAACGUGUUCAAGGAUCUAUUGCAGACGAUUUGCUGGUAUAAAUCAAAUCGAAGCCAACAAACACAAUUAGAACAGGCUGAAAUAACAAUGCUCGCCGAAAUGGCACACAGUCUUGAAAAAACAAACAAAACAUUUGUAAAACAUUCGGCGGAAGUGAAGCGUGUCGCACCAUAUUUACUACUGUUUGCCAUCAACAUGAUGAUUGGCAAUGAUCGGCCUACGACUCUUUAUUCCAAAAUCAAAACACACAUCGAGUACAUAUGCUAUGACCUAAUUGCUGUGUGUGAUCACCGAACCGAAGGGUACAUUUUACGUAGCUGCAAUGAAGCGUCCAAAGCCAUUUACGAGAGUUUGCAUCGUGACUACCGAAAAUACUUUAAAUUUAAGGGCAAAGUUUAAAGCUCCAACUUUUCACAAUACAAAGACGAAAGAAAGGGCAGAAAAGGAGAACGAAAAUACAACAUAUUCAAAUUAUUUGUUUUUUUAUUCUAAAAAUU